AUGACAGCCGGGACCGUGGUCAUCACAGGUGGAAUAUUAGCGACUGUCAUUUUGCUCUGUAUCAUCGCCGUCCUCUGCUACUGUAGGCUCCAGGUAAGCCGGCCCGGCUGCCCCGGCUGCGUGCCGUACGAGCCCCCCACCUUCUUCCUGCAGGAGCCCCCCGAGGAGCUGCACAACGGGGGCGACCGGGUGAGCUACAAGACGGUGAGCCAGGAAGACCUCGAUCUGCCGGUGAGCGUGGCCAACCUGCAGGCGCUCAACCCCAACCGGCUCUCGGCCAUGCGGGAAGCCUUCUCCCGCAGCCGCAGCAUAAGCACCGACGUGUGA